AGCUAAAGUCCAGGAAGAGAUAGAACGUGUAAUUGGCAGAAACCGGAGCCCCUGCAUGAAAGACAGGAGCCAGAUGCCCUACACAGAUGCUGUAGUGCAUGAGAUCCAGAGAUAUAUUGACCUCGUCCCCACAAACCUGCCUCAUUUAGUGACACGUGAUAUGAAAUUCAGAAACUACUUCAUUCCCAAGGGUACCAAUGUGAUAACAUCACUGUCAUCCAUACUGCAUGAUGACAAAGAAUUUCCUAAUCCAGAGAAGUUUGACCCUGGUCACUUUCUAGAUGAGAGAGGUAACUUUAAGAAGAGUGACUACUUUAUGCCAUUCUCAGCAGGAAAGAGGAUAUGUGCAGGAGAAGCCCUGGCUCGCAUGGAGCUGUUUUUGUUCUUCACCACCAUUUUACAGAAUUUUAACCUGAAGUCUCUGGUUGAUGUAAAGGACAUUGACACAACACCAGCUAUCAGUGGAUUUGGCCAUUUGCCCCCUUUUUACAAGGCUUGUUUUAUUCCUGUGCAAAGGGCAGACUCCCUAAGCUCUCAUCUGUAAUGUCUCUUCUGAGGGUUCUGUCUACUUCAUUCUUGGUAUUAUAGUAGCUUUAACUCACAUAUCCCCAUUUCCUUUAGAUCCAGUGAACAUCAAACCUCAUUGAAUUGAGUUCCCUGCGUCAAUAUAUAGCUCUAUUCCUGUUCCCUAUAUCUUGUGACGUUCCCUAUAUCUUGUGACAUUCCCAUGCAGUACUUACAUAGUUAGUGCUAAUACUUGUAUGACUUCAUUACUGUUAAUACUGUUUUCACUAUAUAAACAGCAAAAUAUUUAGAAUAUGAGAAUUCAGAGUCAUCUGUUCCCUCCAUGUGCUAAAUAAAUACUAAUUUUUGGACCAGU